UGGUUUUUUUCUCCCAUAGCUUUAAUAUUGAUGAGUAGGGCCAUAUGUCUUCUGUUUUUGACCUUGACCGGUCUAUCUUUCCCUGCAGUGUCAUCAAUUGUACUUUCUGGCCUCUGGCCUUCAUGAAUGAAAUUGCAUUCUCUCUCUGCGCGUCCCUCACUUGCUCUCUUCAGCCAGGUAAUUUGCGAUGGCUGAACCUUCUAAGGUCAUUCACGUUCGAAAUGUGGGGCAUGAGAUAUCUGAAAAUGAUUUGCUUCAGCUAUUUCAGCCUUUUGGAGUCAUAACAAAGCUUGUAAUGUUGCGUGCCAAAAAUCAGGCACUUCUCCAAAUGCAAGAUGUUCCUUCCGCAGUUAGUGCUUUACAAUUUUAUGCAAAUGUUCAGCCAAGCAUAAGGGGGAGAAAUGUUUAUGUCCAGUUUUCCUCACAUCAAGAACUAACUACAAUGGAUCAGACUCAAGCACGAGAAGAUGAGCCAAAUCGAAUUCUCUUGGUUACAGUUCAUCACAUGCUGUAUCCUAUAACAGUGGAUGUACUACAUCAAGUGUUUUCUCCCAAUGGAUAUGUGGAAAAGAUUGUAACGUUUCAGAAGUCAGCUGGCUUUCAGGCUCUCAUCCAAUUUCAAUCCUGUCAAAGUGCUAUUACUGCCAGAAGUACACUUCAGGGACGCAAUAUUUAUGAUGGUUGCUGUCAGCUGGACAUUCAAUUCUCAAACCUUGAUGAGUUACAAGUGAACUUCAAUAAUGAUCGGUCAAGGGACUUCACAAACCCAAAUCUGCCUACAGAGCAGAAAGGCCGAUCUUCACAACCUGGAUAUGGUGAUGCAGGAGUUGGAUUCUCACAGAUGACAAAUGCUGCUGCAAUUGCAACUGCCUUUGGAGGAGGUUUGCCUCCUGGAAUAACUGGAACAAAUGACAGAUGCAGAGUUCUUGUGGCAAAUCUCAACCCUGAUAGAAUUGACGAGGACAAACUGUUCAACUUGUUCUCCAUUUAUGGGAACAUUGUCAGAAUUAAACUUCUCCGAAAUAAACCAGAUCAUGCACUUGUCCAGAUGGGGGAUGGUUUCCAAGCUGAGUUGGCAGUACACUUGAUAAAGGGAGCCAUGUUGUUUGGGAAGCGAUUGGAAGUUAACUUCUCGAAGCAUGCAAACAUAACCCAAGGUGAUGAUACACAUGAGUAUGUGAAUUCAAAUCUCAACCGAUUCAAUCGCAAUGCUGCUAAAAACUAUCGGUACUGCUGCUCACCGACAAAGAUGAUCCACUUGUCCACCCUCCCGCAAGACAUUGCCGAAGAAGAGAUUGUUAGCCUUUUGGAGGAGCAUGGAACCAUUGUCAACAGCAAGUUAUUUGAGAUGAAUGGUAAAAAGCAGGCUCUUGUUCAGUUUGAGACUGAGGAGCAAGCUACUGAGGCCCUUGUGUGCAAGCAUGCAAGCCCCCUUUCUGGCUCGAUAGUCCGCAUCUCCUUUUCCCAGUUGCAGAAUAUAUGA